AUGCUAUUUGUCUCGACAAGACAUCGUUCGUUCUACGAAGUGCUCGGUGUCCCGAAAGAUGCCACCCAAAAAGAGAUCAAGCAAGCCUUCUAUGAGAAGUCGAAAAAGCUUCACCCGGAUGGAGUUCACGUAUCCGAUGAUGAGCGUUUGAAGGCGACGAAAGACUUUGUCGAACUGAAGACUGCUUAUGAUACUCUACGUCGGCCGGCUGAUCGACGGGCUUAUGACGCGGGGCCUCGGCGUUACGAUCGUCGCCGUCCCAUCUAUCCAUCCUCAUCUUCCGGCGAUCCUGGCGGGUCGUACUAUGAUCAUUAUAAUGGAUCCUGGUCUUCCAGCGGUCCGUUUGAUCAGAAGCGCCCUGAUUUUAGAACGCAUUCGGACGAACAAUGGCGCUGGGUAUUCCGAACUACGGCUAUCGGGCUGACUAUCGUCAUGCUGUACAAUUUAGGAUAUGUAUACCAGAUCUACCAAGAAGAACGGCGGAUCGCUCGUCUGAUCGACAAAGACGAGAUUGCGAAGAGCUUCCUACGACAAAAGGGUUUUGAGGAUAUGCGGGAGGAUCGUCAGGAGAUGCUGAACUUGGCGCAGUUGUUGAAAGACGACGUUGACGAGGCCUGGAGGAGACGAUGUGAGGAGAUGAAGGGCAAAAAUCGGGACGAGAUCCGCGAGGAAUAUAGAUGGUUCCGAGCCGUCCAGGAUCCAAACAAUACUCGCAGAACGAGACCAAGACGUCCAGCUGAAGACGUACCACAACCACCUCCGGAUUCAUUUAGUAGC